UGUGAACCAUAUUCCCGUAGGGAUUUAUGGUAUUUAAAUCGUCCUCGUCCAUUAAGACCAAAUCCAUGUAUACGUUUAUCACAACCAAAUUUAAUUGAUCAUAUUAAAAAACCACAAUUACAACCAUCACCAGGUAAAAAAGUACGUUUAUCACAACCAAAUUUACAUAUAAGCCAAGUACGUAUUACACAAAAAUCAUCAUCAUCACCACAACCACCACAAUCACAAUCAUCAAUUGAAUCACAAGAUUCAUGUACAUAUAAUGAUAUAACACGUUCAACAUGUCCACCAAGUUAUUCACCAUCAUCACAAAGAUCACGUUAUUCACAACCAAAUUUACCAACAUUAACAAUACCAUAUAAUGAUAAAAAAAAUGAUAGACGUAUGCGUUAUUCACAACCAACACUUAAUUCAAGUUAUUCUGGUAUUAAUUUUAUAAAUACAAUUAAUAAUAAAAGAUCACAAUUAUCAUAUUCAUCAUUACGUAAUUCUGGUGAUACAAGUAUUAAUAAUUUUAAUAUACAUGAAGAUAGAUUAUUAUCACAACCAAAUUUUAAUUCAUUUAUUGAUUCAAAUGCAACAAUAUAUAGAACAAGAACUGGUAGUGGUUGUAGUAUUAUUAGUCCAAAUCGUCGUUUAUCAUCAACAUCACCAUCACGUUUUUUAUUUAAUCAACAAUUACCACAAUCAGCAUUUAAACGUGAAAGAUUAUCACAACCAACACUUGUUACUGGUGAUUAUUAUCCUCAUAAACAACCAAUACAACGUUUAUCACAACCAUGUUUAUUAACAACAUGGAAUGAAAAAACAAUAAAUACAAUACAAUCACCAUUAAUACAACAACAACAACAAAAAUUUAUACCAAUAAUACCAAAAGGUAAUCAACGUGAACGUUUAUCACAACUUGAUUUUGGUAUAACAAAAUAUCGUUUAUCAAAAGAUUUUACAAUAACAAAUAAAAAUUUUAAUCGUGAUCGUUUUUCAAUACCAGAAUUAGAAACUAAAAAUGAUUUACGUGCUAUUGCUGGUACACCAAAACAACGUUUUAGUUUAGAUAGUCAAUUAAAUAGUGAUAAUAAUAAUAAAAUAAGAAGAUUAUUACCAAUAGCAAGUUCACCAAUAUCUGAAAUACAAAUUAAUAAUAAUUUAUUAAAUGUUACAAAUAAUAAAUAUAAUAAUAAUAAUAUUAAUAAUAGAAGACCAAGUGAUAGCCUUGAAGGUAUUAUUAUUGCAACAGCAACACCAUUAUUACCAUCAAAUGAUCGUAAAUAUUUAUCACCAAUUUUACAAUCAUCAUCAUCAUCAACAAAAACAACAACAGCAUCAUCAUUAUUAUGUAAAAAAAAAUUAUCAGUACCAAAUAUUAUUGGUACACGUGAAAGAAUGUCUGUACCGGAAAUACGUAAUUCAAGUUUACGUAGACUUCUUGAUCCACCAUUACGUCAAAGACACAGUAUAACUGGUAAUUUACGACAAUUAUCAAUAACAUCAAAUGAUUAUUAUCAAGAUAAUGAUUUAUUAAGUGAUAUUAUUAUACCAGAAAUAGCUGAAACAAAAGAUAAUAAUGAUACAAUAAUUAAUAAUAGUAAUAGUAAAAUUAUUGAUGAUGAUAAAACAAUGCCUAAACAUAUUCAACGACAUUAUUCAUAUACAUAUGAUAAAAAUGAUGAUGUUAAAAAAAUAAUUGGUAAAUUGAGUGUAUCAAUGGAAAAGAAAAAAAAAUAUUUAGAAAGUAAUUUUGAUGAAAAUGAACAAGUUAUAACAACUGUCAUUGAAACUGAAACACCAUUGUUACUUAGUAGUCCAAAAUAUAUGAAAAAAACUCAUGUUUAUUCAACAACUGGUGAUACACCAAAAUGGCUAAAAAAAUGUCUUGAUAAUGAUGAUAAAUUAAAGCUUAAUAAUAAUGAUAAUAGUAAUAUUAAAAAUGAUAAAACUAAAAAUAUAUUAAUUAAUAAUAAUGAUAAAAAAAUAUUGACUAAAGAUGAAAAAUUAAAAAUUAUUGAAAAUAAAGAUAAAAAAGUUAAAAGUAAAAAUACAAUGAUACGUAUUAAAUCAACUGGUAAUAUUGGAGAAAAUAAAUAUGAAGUUGCUAUUAAUUCAAAUUGGUCAGAGACAGAUAUUUGUCGUCUUUAUGGUCUUGAUUGUGAUUCAAAUGAUGAUGAUAAUGAUGAUGAAGAUUCAACAUCUGUUUAAUAAUUU